CUUUGGAACUCUUCACUGUGCCCUUCACUAACCCACAGGACACCGGUGUAGCAACUGAAAAUGGCCUAUGUAUUGAGGCACAGUUCCAAAAAGGCCCUUGGCCUUUUUGGACCAGCACGAUUUCUUCACACAUCACGUGCAGCACUAGCGUCUCAGGUUCCAAUGAGCAAGUUUGAGCAGGACAAAUACAUUGAUUAUGACAAAAUGGAUUUCAACAUGAAUACUGUGAAAUCUAGACUUGGUCGUCCUCUGACUCUUUCGGAAAAAGUUCUUUACAGUCACUUGGAUGACCCCAAAAAUGAGGUAAUUGAGAGAGGUGAGAGCUACCUGAAGCUGCGUCCAGAUCGAGUCGCUAUGCAGGAUGCAACUGCCCAGAUGGCUAUGCUACAGUUUAUAUCCAGUGGCCUGCCCAAGGUGGCAGUGCCCUCGACCAUCCACUGUGACCAUCUGAUCGAGGCCCAACUGGGAGGUGCCAAAGACUUGUCCCGUGCUAAGGAAGUCAAUAAAGAGGUUUACGACUUCCUGUCGUCAGCUGGAGCCAAGUACGGUGUGGGAUUCUGGAAACCUGGCAGCGGUAUCAUCCAUCAGAUUGUACUGGAGAACUACGCCUUUCCAGGGUUACUACUUAUCGGAACAGACAGCCACACACCAAAUGGAGGUGGCCUCGGUGGAGCUUGUAUAGGUGUGGGAGGAGCUGAUGCUGUGGACGUCAUGGCAGGGUUACCAUGGGAACUCAAAUGCCCAAAGGUGAUAGGUGUCAAAUUGACCGGAAAACUGAACGGCUGGACCUCGCCCAAAGAUGUCAUCCUCAAGGUCGCUGGAAUCCUGACGGUCAAGGGAGGCACCGGUGCCAUUGUGGAGUACUUCGGACCUGGCGUAGACUCAAUUUCUUGUACAGGCAUGGGCACAAUUUGUAACAUGGGAGCAGAAAUUGGAGCCACCACUUCAAUAUUCCCUUACAAUCACCGCAUGCAGGACUAUCUGAAAGCAACAAACCGGGCAGAUAUUGCUGACCUUGCAAACAACUACAAAGGACUUCUUUCCGCCGAUCCAAAUGCCCAAUACGACCAAGUCGUCGAAAUCAAUCUGGAUACGUUGGAACCACAUGUCAACGGUCCAUUUACCCCCGAUCUGGCCCACCCCAUUUCACAGCUCGGAGAAAUUGCCAGGAAAAAUGACUGGCCUAAUGAAAUUAAAGUUGGUUUAAUCGGCAGCUGUACAAACAGUAGUUACGAGGACAUGAGUCGUGCGGCCAGCGUUGCCAAACAAGCCCUAGAUAAAGGUGUUAAGGCCAAGAGUGCUUUCACUAUCACACCGGGGUCGGAGCAGAUCAGGGCCACCAUUGAACGUGACGGCCAGGCAGCCAUUUUGAGCGAUAUCGGAGGCGUAGUGUUAGCCAAUGCCUGUGGACCUUGUAUAGGACAGUGGGACAGAAAGGAUGUCAAGAAGGGCGAGAAAAACACCAUUGUUACAUCUUACAACAGAAACUUCACCGGCCGUAACGAUGCCAAUCCCGCCACACACGCUUUUGUUACCUCCCCUGAGUUGGUGACGGCAAUGGCCAUCGCUGGAGAACUCAGUUUCAAUCCAGUAACAGACAGUCUAACAGCAUCUGAUGGGUCGAAAUUUAAGUUUGAAAGUCCUUAUGGUGACGAGCUGCCGUCCAAAGGAUUUGACCCAGGAAUGGAUACGUUCCAGCCUCCGCCCGGAGAUGGCACAAGCCUCAGAGUGGAUGUUGACCCUAAAAGUGCUCGCCUUCAGUUGUUGUCUCCCUUUGACAAGUGGAACGGUCAGGAUUACCUUGAUAUGCCAAUCCUCAUCAAGGUGAAAGGAAAGUGUACAACUGACCACAUCAGUGCUGCUGGUCAGUGGCUCAAAUACAGAGGUCAUCUGGACAAUAUCUCCAACAACCUGCUGAUUGGUGCCACCAAUGUGGAAAAUGGUGAAAUUAACAGCGUGAAGAACUGGCUUACCGGGAAAUACGGCAGUGUACCCGACACGGCUAGAUAUUACAAGGCACAGAGCAUCCCCUGGGUGGUUGUAGGAGAUGAAAACUAUGGUGAGGGAAGUAGCAGAGAACACGCUGCACUCGAGCCCCGACAUCUCGGUGGACGUGCCAUCAUCGUCAGGAGUUUCGCCCGUAUACACGAAACCAACCUGAAGAAGCAAGGUAUGCUUCCCCUAACCUUCGCUGAUCCUGCUGAUUAUGAAAAAAUUAAACCAGACGACAGAAUUUCUCUCGUCGGACUUAAAGAUCUGGCUCCAGGACAGCAAGUGAAAUGCGAAAUAAAACAUACCGACGGAUCAGUGGAAACGAUACAACUGAACCAGUCCAUGAACGAGGGACAGCUUACGUGGUUCAGAGCGGGCAGUGCUCUCAACAGAAUGGCGGAGUUAAAGCAAUAACGUUGUGGUGUCUCCCAUAUUAUCUGUAGUGCUGUAUACCAAAAACACUGGGGACAGAAAACAGUAACUGUCACCCAGCGUAAUCAGUAGUGCUGAACAAUACCAAACACUGAUGACAUAAAACAGUAACUGUCACCCAGCGUAAUCAGUAGUGCUGAAUAAUACCAAACACUGAUGACAUAAUAGAAAAUACAGAAAAUGUUGCCAAACACAAAAAAUUGGAUUUAUCUUUGAGUAUAGUGCUAUCCAGCGGAUAUGUGUCAGCUGGUGAUGGUUUUAAAAUAUUGAAUACCAUGGUAUUUCGUCAACGCUGAUAAACAGAAUCAUCAACUUGGCUGACAAUGGAUUUAAAUUAUCAUUGAGUUAAAUUUCACAGCAGAUACACAGAAAGCGUGACCAUAUUAUGUACAAAGUAUUUAAAUAUCCAGUGAUGGAAAAACUUUAGUUGCUGAUGUGGGGAGUGAAGUAGUAGAGGAGUUGGUAACUCUCACCCCUCGACAUUCUAGUGAAACUGUUAUCAUUGUUUUGAAAUUGAUAUUGUGUUAUUGUGUAAAUAAACCUAUUUAAGUAUCAAGUGUUAUUUUUGGGGCUUUGUAGGUGUCAUCAGCUCUGCAGAGAAUGUAGGUGGCAAUGGGGUUUUAGCCGACCAGUUGAUUAGGCAUGUAAUUCUGUCUACAUCAAAGUUUUACAGGGUUGUAUCAUUACAGGAUUGGUUAAUUAGAUCUGACUAGAACGAACUGAUGCAUGAAAUGUUGCUUUUAGAUAAUAGGUUAUCUCCCUUUUCAUUAAUUUUUCUCUUUGAGAAUUAACAAAAUUCAGCAAAAUGUUUUCAUAUUUAUUAGAGGUAGACAUUGAUAAUUUUGUAAUUUUAUUUUUGUAAAGAAUGUAUUAUCUGAUUGAACGAUAAUUUAUUUAGGACAUAAUGAAAAUCUAGUUUAUCAAUCUUUAAUUUGUAUAAUUUGAUUUGUGUGUAAUUUGACUAAAUACAAAGCAUAUACUGUAUGCACUGCUACAGGUUUUAUAUUCAGGCAAAGCUUCACCACCAGAUCAACCGUGAUAGUUAUAAAAAUAAAUAAAACCUAA